GUUGAAAAUGGCGUUUUCGUUUGGAGGGAGCACCACUGGCGCGGCGUCCACCACGGCCCCUGCGUUUAACUUUGGCUCGGCCGCACCUGCCGCUGCCACACCAUCGGGGUUUGGCUUUGGGACUGCAAGCAACGCCGCCCCUGCCGCCACCACCUCGGGAUUUGGUGCGCCUGCAACCUCGACCGGAAGCACCCCGGCAUGGAACUUAGGUGGCAGCAGCGCAACUCCAGCCGCCACGUCUACCCCAAGCUUUAGCUUUGGGGGUGCAACGACCACCCCUGCCGCGGCUCCUACCUCUUCGUUUGGGUUUGGAUCAACCCAACCGGCCACUGGAUUCGCCGCCCCCGCUUCCAACGCGUUUAGUUUCGGAGGAGGAACCAACACGACAGCAGCAGCGCCAUCCACUGGAUUUGGUGGCUUUGGCACUUCCAGCAAUACUCAAACGAGUUUGUUCGGGAAGCCAGCGACCUCUGGAGGGUUUGGCAGCUUUGGCGCUCCCUCUGGUUUUGGGGUCGCCGCCGCCACCCCUGCUCAACCGCCGCAGCCCGUGGUAUCGCUAGACAUGCGUUUUGAUGCGUUGCCACCGGACGUGCAAACCCAAAUCAAAGACUUCGACCACUUUUUGAAGGAACAAUCCCGCGAAGAAGCAUCCAUCCGGUCUGUGUCGGCGCAACCGCUUGCCGACCUGCAAGACGCUACGAAACAACUCGAACAAGUGGCCCUCGUAGUGCGAAACAUCCAAACCCGGCAAGCCAAAGACAUUCAGUUGCUGAAAUCCGACGUCAAAAAUGUCGUGUCCCAGGCCGAAGCUGCCGAUCAAAUCCACAUUCACUUGACGUCGGACACGGGCAUCCAGCGCACGGACGAAAUGCCGUCUGCGUACUACUGGACUCUGGUUCAGGACUUUGAGCAGCGCAUGCAAACGCUCAAAUGUCAGAUGAAUGACGUGCAUACUCAGCUCCAAGGGCUCCAGCAGACGCGCCAUCCCCACAUGCAGCACCCGACGCCGCAACUGCUCCAGCAAAUCCUGCAGUCGCAGAACGAUGCGUUCAUGAACAUUGCCGCACACGUGGCCACAACCCACGAACAGGCCGAAGUCUUGCGCGACCAGUACCUCGCCACCCUACAACACAAACAACAACCAGACGGCGGGAAAGUGCGCAAUCCAUUUGAGGCGGCCGACCGCAUUCAAGCUGAAGAAGAGCGCCGCAUCGUCGAUCGCAUUCGACUGAGUGCUGCGCAAGUCACGUUCCCCGCCGCCACACCAGGAACCACUGCACCGGCUUCGUCAUUUUCGUUCAAUACACCAGCAGCCGCUCCCGCGACGGCAGCUCCCGCGCCGUCCACCUUUGGAACCACCGCGACUGGCGGCACCUCGUUUUCCUUUCCUGCGGUCUCGACGGCGGCCGCCCCCACGACCAGUGCCUUUGGCGGAGCCCAACCUCCUCCCACACUGACCAAGUCUGUCAGUUUUGCCGGACUCGGAAAUGUGGCGCCAUCAGCUGAUUCGAACGCCAGUGGUGCGUUUGGCAUGCCACCAGUCAACUCGCUCAAUCCAAAGUCGGUGCGCCGAAAGCCUAGUUCGACCAAGAAACGAUGAGGACUAGAGGUUGUGUGUGUCGAAGGGCGAGAGAAUAGAUAGAUCCAACAAGUGCGCCUUCGUUUCCUGGGUUUUAUUAUCUAUUGCCUUAGCUUGGUCGGGAUAUCGAG